AUGGCAGAUGAAGGAACUAGUGAGGAACACCGCAAGAAGAAUCCCAAAGGAAAAUGGUAUCUUGACAGCGCGUGUUCCAGACAUGUGAUUGGUGAUAAACAGUUAUUAAAAAUGGUCACCAAGCUAGAUGGAGGAACAAUUACCUUUGGAGAUAAAUCAAAGGGAAACGUAAUUAGAGUUGGAAAGGUUCCCCUCAGCUCAACAUGUGAUUUUGAUGAAGUAUACAUGGUUGAUGAACUUGGUUACAAUCUUUUCAGUAUCAGUCAACUAUGUGACAAUGACUAUGAGGUUCGUUUUAAGAAACAUAGUUGGUUUAUAGAAGGCGAAUCGGGUAAAGUUAUUCUCUUUGGUAAUAGAGACAGAAAUGUCUAUACUAUCAGUAAUAUAGAUAAUCUUGAUAAUCAAAUUUGUCUAGCAUCUAUGAUUGGUGAUCCCAUGGCCUUAUGCAUUGAAGAAUCAAUUCAUGUUGUCUAUGUGGAUACUAACCUUCACUCAAGGAAUGAAAACCUUCUUGAAGAUGAGGAAAUUUACAUAAUGCCAAAGUUUAUCAAUACAGGUGAAAUCACUCAUGAAGAAAUGACUGAUCAGCAGGAUCAGUCAACUACGAAUUUUUUAGAAAAUCAGGAGUCUACUACAACCGAUCCAACUAAUUCUAUCAAAAAAGAGCUAGCAUUAGUUGUCCCAAAUGAAUGGAAGAGUGAUCCUGGAUAUCCAUAUAAGUAUAUCAUUGGAGAUCCACAGGAAGGACUGAAAACUAGAAUAUCACUCAAGAAGACAUCGAAUAUUGUUCCAUAUCCCAGUUUGAACCAAAAAAGGUGGACGAGGCACUUGGGGACAAAAGAUGGAUAA